UGGGCGGGGCUUGCUGCCCACAGAACGGGACUUGCUGUCCACGCUGACACUUUGAGACUUUCCUACUGUGGUCUCGGCUCUGCAGGGUCCAUGGACUUGGGCACCUUGUCCCGGAAACUGACCCUAACAUUCCGCAGGUCGCAGACAGUUGGAAAUGAGCGAUUCGGAAGACGACGAUACACCCCAGCUUUCUUCCCAUGCCUUAGCAGCUCUCCAGGAAUUUUACGCUGAGCAGAAGCAGUCCACAAACCCAGGAGGGGGUGAUAAAUAUAAUGUCGGGGUAAUAGAGGAGAACUGGCAGCUGAGCCAGUUUUGGUACAGUCAGGACACUGCUUUGCGACUUGCACAGGAAGCCAUCGCUGCUGCUGGAGAAGGUGGCAGAAUCGCAUGUGUGAGUGCACCCAGUGUGUAUCAGAAGCUCCGGGAGCUGCAUGGGGAGGGCAUCUCUGUCUACAUCUUUGAGUACGACAAAAGAUUUGCCAUAUAUGGGGAAGAAUUUGUCUUCUAUGAUUACAACAAUCCACUGGACUUACCCGGAAGAAUUGCCGAGCACAGUUUUGACAUCGUGGUUGCGGACCCUCCUUACCUGUCUGAGGAAUGUCUCAGAAAGACAUCUGAAACAAUCCGGUACCUGACUCGGGGCAAGGUUCUACUGUGCACAGGAGCCAUCAUGGAAGAGCAGGCAGCUCAACUCCUAGAUGUUAAAAUGUGCAAGUUUAUUCCAAAACAUUCCCGAAAUUUGGCCAAUGAGUUCCGCUGUUACGCAAACUAUGAUUCUGGUCUGGACUAUGAAACCUAAAUUCACAUGGCAACAUGUGACAAUAAAGGACUCCAAGGAACACGUCCAUUUCCCAAUAUAUUCUCUUUCUGUUGAAGCGUGACCUUCCCCUCAUGCUGCUCUGGACUGGGACUCUCCUGGCUUAAUUUUCAAAAUAAAACUUCUCGUUGCUGUUUUUCUAA